AUUUUCAGUUUGAUUUAUUUCUUUUUUGAACAUUUGAAUGUUGUAGGAGCCAACUGGCUCCAGCAGAUGGCAGCAGUGAGACAGAUGGCUGCGUGUGUGGCUGUACAGAUGCCUGACCAAAAUCCAUCCGAGCCAGAACAUUAGGAGCGCAAGAGGACCACGGUUACGAUGGAAAGCUGCAGAUUUGGAGAACAAUCCAGCUUUGUUGAUUCUGCGAAGGAAGAAAGUGAAGGAAAUCAGCAACUGUGGGUGGUUAAAGAAGAGGUUCCUGAUGUGAGCAGCUCCAGUUUGGACCAGCAGAACCUCACAUGUUCUCAAGUGAAGAACGAGGAAGAGGAACAGUGGAUCAGUCAGGAGGUAGAGCAGGUUACUGUGAAGAAAGAAGAAGAGGAACCUCAGUUGCCAGAAGUUCAUCUCAUCAAAAGUGAAGACAGCAGACAGACAGAAACUCCAACCAGCAGUUCAGCUGAACAGAUGAAAACAGAAUCUGAUGGAGAGAUCAGUGGAGGAACAGAACCCGACAGAGAGCCGGACCCAAGUACUAAUUUACAGCCAAACAUUGAAGAAAAGUAUUCAGCUUCUUCUGAGACUGAAGUCAGUGAUGAGGGUGAAGAUGACAAUAUAUCAGGUUCUGGAUCUGAAAAUGAAGACAGUGAUGAAGAUUGGAGGGAACCCAGAACAUGUCAGUCUGGUGUAAACAGCAAAGUGGGAUGUAAAGCUGCCAAGAAGGCCUUCAGCUGCCCUGACUGUGGUAAACAGUUUGUGAGGAAGCAGAUGUUCCAGAAACAUAUGGCAGGUCAUUCAGGAGAAAAGUCUUCCAGCUGUUCGGUUGAGAAGAAACAUUCUAAAAGGAAGCGGAAUGGGGAUUCACAGACAAGACUCAAACCAGGAAGGAAAUCCUUUUCUUGUGACAAUUGUGGUAAAACCUUUAAAAAACUAGCUGCUCUUAAAUGUCAUAUCAGAACUCAUUGUGGUGCAAAAUCAGUUGUUUGCAAAGAUUGUGGUAAAAUCUUUCACUCCCGGGAUAAUUUUAAAUCUCACCGGAGACUGCACACUGGAGAAAAACCCUUUGCCUGUGAUAAAUGUGGCAAAAAAUUUUGCCAUAAGUAUACCCUUAAAAAUCACAUGAUGUGCCACACAGGAGGGAAACCAUUUCAGUGUGAAUUGUGUGAUAAAAAGUUAGUCUCAAAUGGAGGUCUGAAGACCCACAUGACCAUCCAUAAAGGAGUAAAACCAUUUGCGUGCAGCGACUGUGGCAGAUGCUUCAGACUUAAGAGUGAUCUAAAAGGCCACAUGACAACCCACUUAGACGUAAAAUCGUUCGGCUGUGGUUAUUGUGGCGCUAGUUUUUCUCACAAAAGAAGCCUUCUCCAGCAUGUUAGACUCCACACUGGGAAGGACCUAUUGUCAUGUGAUAAAUGUGAUAAAAAGUUUGUCGGGAAGUAUUACCUUCAAAGACAUAUGCGAGUUCAUCUGAAACAGGAAAAACCGGUGACUGGAAGGGGGAACUUUUCUUGUGAGGAAUGUGGGAAGAGGUUUCUCCAGGAGGCACAUGUAAAAAGCCACGUGGUGAUUCACACAGGAGAGAAACCAUUUAGCUGUGCUUAUUGUGGCGCCAAAUUUACUCACAAAAGAAGUAUGCUGCGGCAUGUUAGAUUCCACACUGGGGAGAAUCUUCUGUCAUGUGAUAAAUGUGAUAAAAAGUUUGCCCGGAACUAUUAUCUUCUAAGACAUAUGCGGGUUCAUGCGAAAGAGGAGAAAGUGGUGACUGGAAAGGGGAACUUUGCUUGUAAAGAAUGGUGAAGAAGGCGGUAUCCAAAAAAAU